CUGGAACUUGAUGCCCAGUAUUUCAUUCGAAUUCCAAGUUCCACUAGUGAAAAGUUCCGUUAAAGUGGAGCUAGGGUUUCAAAAAGAAAACCCCCUUCCAAACACAAAUCUUUGAAGAUGAAAUUGACUCUUGAAUUCGGUGGUGGACUUGAGCUUCUUUGUGAGUCAGUGAAGACCCACAAUGUUGAUGUUGAUCAAACUGGAGAAAAGAAGUUAACAAUGAAGGAUCUGUUGUCUUGGGUUCGUACUAAUCUAAUUAAGGAGAGGCCUGAAAUGUUCAUGAAAGGGGAUUCAGUGAGACCAGGUGUGCUGGUCCUUGUAAAUGACUGUGACUGGGAACUAAGUGGUCAACUCGAUACCACAUUAGAAGAUAAAGACGUGGUGGUCUUUAUUUCGACCUUGCACGGUGGAUGAUUAUAUUGCUCGAAAAUUAUAUCCAAACUAUCAACUACUUGUUACACUUUUACCAUCAAGGUCUUAGUUACGAUGCUUGCUUCACUAGAGCAGGUUCUGUAUCCCAAUUCUGUUUUCAGUAUAUAUGUUCAGAAGAAUUAUUGAAUGUAUGAUGCUAAACUGAGUGACUUAAUGCAAUCAGUUUUCGUAUUGUAUUAACUUCUAUAAAUCUCGAAAUAUUGUUUUGCCCCAAAUCCAUUGCUCUUUUUCCA